UGGGUUUCACUGGUUUUAUCCUUUUCUUUUCGUAAUUUUUGAUUGUCUUUUUUUUCUUUUUGGGUUUUAAUUAAUUUUCCUAAUUACAGUCUAGUCUUUAAUGUCUUGUGUCUUCCUCUCUCCAUCAUCUGAUCAUCGAUUUAAUUGUUUCCCUCUUGUAUCCACAAUGAUUUUCUCUACAGCAAAGCUCAAAUUGGUUUAGAAUUUUCUUCUCCUUGGAAAUGAUGACAACAAUUUACCAAUUUCUCCAUUGGAUGUAAGACCAUCAACUAUAUUUAUAAAUACUGUUUAUUUUGAUGUUCUCCGAUUUUACCUGUUGUUAAUUAUUAUCACCAAUCAUAUAAUUUAUAUAACAUUCCCCUAUUUUCUCAAGACAAUGAUGUUAACAAUUAACCUACGUUAAUCUACUACCUGAUCAAUGCAAUCAAUUAUUACUCCAAGUGAAACAUUUUUCUAUCAUCAACUGCUUAUUAGACAUGGUUAAACUACACCUGGUUCUCUAUCAAAUUGAUUGACUUUAUUGCUUUCAUCACUACUAUUAUAAUAAAACAAAAACGACAUAAAAUCAAUCAUCAUCAACAUCUCUCUCCAAAAAAUAGUGAAGAGAAUCGCCAACAAAGUGAUCAUCAACGACAUCAUCAUCAUCAUCAUCACACUUUCAUUCUAAGAUCCGUUGUUAAAUUCAACUGAUAAUUGGAAAUAAUCACAAAUAAUCAAGGUGUUUGUAUCAUUAUACAAGUUGAUUAUUAUUAUUAUUAUUUAAUACCUUAUAAGUUUCAUCUGUGAUCAUAAUCGUCCGAAAGUUUUACUUGCCUUUAAGUUAUAAUCUUCUAUCAACAAUUUUUAUCUUCCUUUGAAAUAAUACAACAGUUUUUGUUAUUAUUUUCUCUUCCAUUACCACCAUCAUCGUCCUCAGCAUCAUCUUUAUGAUUUUUGCUUAUUUAUCUACCAUAAAUUUUUAUCACCAAAGUUAAGAUUAUUUCAACUUUCGCCACAAAGCAACAUUGACCGACUUGAAACUACAAUAGAAAAGCCUAUUUAAACUAAAACGAAUAUAUAUUUAUGUGUAUAUAUUUCACUGAAAAAAAUCACUCAAAAGCCAAAUUGUACUUCAAUCUAAAUCAGGAUGAGAUUAUUAUCAUCUUUUGGUCGAUUAGAUUCACGUAAUCUUCUCAAACUCCUCAUAACAAUUAACAUUGUUCUCGCCUUCUAUCAACUUAUAUCAUUCCAUUUUUACUCUCCACCAGAAGCAUGUAUAUUGAACAUUCGACCUUCACCUUUAAUUCAAGAUGAUUCUUCUUCCAAGCAAAUUCUUUCAUCACUACCAGACGAUUCUAAACUGUUGAGAUUUUCAUCCAAUACUCAGAUCACUAAUGGAGGUGGUGAUAAGAGUGAAUCUGCCGCAGUGGCCGCUGUUGGUGCUGCUAUGAUUGCCUCAGAGUCUCUCGAUUCACCAACAGUCCAAUUAACUUAUAAACCUAAAUCUCCCUGGUGGAUACCGGAACAAAGGGAAAGAUACAUUGUGAUAAGAAAUUAUAUCCUGCCAGAGGCUAAGAAUCCGAACACUUAUCUACAAAGUGCCAAUGAAACUCUGGAUGAAAACAGUGUUACACUAACAACCCAAGGAACAUUUGAAUUUUUAAAUCACGUUGAGUCUCUUUGUAAACGUUGGGAUGGUCCAAUUUCCGUUGGUGUUUACGCACCAGGUGAAGAUAUACUCUAUUCAUUGGAAUUGAUCUAUUUCAUGAGAAGUUGUCGUCAUGAGUGUGUUCUUCAUAAUGUUACCUGGCAUUUGAUUUACGAUGUCGGUCAUGGACCUGAUAAAGACAAUGUUACCUUUCCAGAGGAUUAUGUUAACAAAAUGUCUUCCACAGGAACAGCAGAAUUCAACUGUCAACUAACAUAUGACGACUUCUUUAACAAACACAAAGAUCUUUAUCGAGUCAACAAUAAGCUUCCAUACCCGAUUAAUGUUGCUCGAAAUGUUGCUCGACUCAAUAUUAAAACAAAGUACCUUUUGGCCUCAGAUAUUGAACUUUACCCAAGCCUUAAUGUAGUUUCAAUGUUCAGAGAUCUUUUGGAACGAGAGAAAAAUAAUUUAGUGCCAUUAGUGAACCGAAAUGUGCCUCAUGUUUAUGUUUUACCCAUUUUCGAGGUAAAGGCUGGUCUUGACCCGCCGUUGACCAAAAAAGACUUGAUCAAAAUGGUCAAAAAAGGCGAUGCAAUUUUCUUCCAUAAAUGGGUUUGUGAUAUUUGUCAGAAUUUUCCUGAUCGAGAUAAAUGGAUAGAAUCAGUUCCAUCUAAUGAUUCAUUUGAUAUUUUCCGAUCUGCUAAAAGAACUCAUGCUCGAAGUACAUGGGAACCGCUUUAUAUUGGAACCAAUGCUGAACCUUUGUACGAAGAGAAAUUAUCUUGGGAAGGAAAACGAGAUAAAAUGUCUCAGAUGUUUGAAAUGUGUUUACUUAAUUAUGAUCUAUUGAUCUUGAAUAACGCUUAUUUGGUCCAUGCUCCAGGAAUCAAACAUAUUGAUCACGCAGAUGAUAAAAAACGACUUCCGUUCAUUAAGCGGAAUAAUCAAGUCUAUACAACAGUGAUCUCCAAAUUAAGACGAAAGUACAUUAAAACUGGCAAUAAAGAAUGUUAAAGAUGAUUAAGCUAAAGUUGUAUUUAAAAUGAAGCGAAAUUUGUGAAAAAUUAAUGAAUUAAAAGAGUCUUUUAUUUGAAUCAAAAUGUUUUUAUUUAAUGAUUUCUAACAAAAAAGGGUUGACAUUAAAUGACAAUUUUUGUUUUUUUUUUGGAAAAAAUGAAAUUGAGAAAAGAUAUUGAAGUGAGAUUUUCAAUAAAUAGAAAAGGAAAAG